GUUCAUCAAGUAGCCGGUGCAACACUAUUAGCAUCAAGUAGCCGGUGCAACACUAUUAGUAUCAAAUUAGUCAAUACCAAGAUGUCCGCAUAUUUACCAGUAACCUUAAAUGGUUCAAACUUACGAGAACGGCACCGGUAUCUGAACUCCUUAGUUUCUAAAGCAUAUGAGGAGAAUGUUUCUAUUCACGAGAUCAUUACUCUCCCAGAAAAAUCAUCAAUCGACCGAAUAUUUAAAAUCGACCUUGCUUCUAAGUAUAAAUAUGUUGAAUACAUUUUACAAAACCUCAAAGAUAACGAAAUGCUAUAUGUGAGCAGAUCACUCAAAUGCCAUUGGCUCCUCGAACCGAAAUACCGCGAUAUAAUAAGUCCCUUAUAUCUAGAAGACGUUCUAUAUCCGGAAAUGAUCCAACCAGCUGUAAAUAAAAUGAAGCACUGGUUGCAAUUGAACUUAAAAAACUCGGAAAUAUGUCAGGAGUUCUACAAUUUUUAUAAGUCUAAUAUGAGUGAAGCUAUAAAGUUUUUUUGGCAUUGUUCCAAUGAAUUUAUUUUAAGCGAAUUCCCGAAUAUCAUAGAUAAAUUGACGCCGGUGCAAGUGAAAUUGCUCUUUGAAAUAUGCCCUUCUGCUUGUGCACUAUAUUUUAAGAUUUUACCGACCAAUCGCACAGCGUUAUCGCGUUAUGUAAAUGAUGAAUGCAAUUACUUCAAAUGUGUUAAAUACUUACUGAAACAUGACGGAAGUUCAUUUUUAGAUAUUGUUGAAAAAUAUUUUAAUAUGUCUAAGUUUGAUUCUUUCGGCCCAUCAUCGACUGAGUUCAUAAUGAAACAUUAUAAAAGUAGAGUUUUAGCCAAAAUCGAGUUGUAUGCGUCAUCAGUCCUUAAUAUAAAAACUUUAGCUACUAGCUUAUCCAGCAAAGAAGCUAAUGACAUUAUUUUAAAACUGGCACGGGCCGAUUUCCUCGCGUACUGGUUUUCAUACCAGAAAGUAGAACCAUUGUUUAAGCGCUUGAAUAUAAAAGAACGAACACUUCUAAAAAAACAAAUUUUUGUGGAUAAAAUUGUAGGCGACAAAGUUGCUGAAUGGCCUUAUUCAUUGCCGACGCCUUUAAUUUUUGAAGAAGACUUUUAUCUACUGGAUUCUAUUAAACCAGACGUUUUAAUCGGUUGCGGUCUUAAGAAACGUAUAACAAAAAGAAAAUGUAAAGGAUAUUCUUGUCAAAUAGUCAGCAUGGAAAAGUCCCAAUUACAAAUAUUGUUUAAUCGCUACCGCUUCACAGGUUUCGAAAGAGCAUUUCGCGAGUUAAGCAAGAAAUUAUUAGCCGAGGGCACAAUUGAAGGGAGGCUAAAUAUGAUGUUGGUCCUUGUCAGUAAAAGUGGAGGUGUUUCAGAACAAGUUGAAAAGUUACUUAAGUUUUUAGUAGAAAAACAUAAAAACGAACCAAAUACACUCCGAGCAGCGGUAAUAAGGUCUCUUGUGAAACGAGAACGUGUAUGGUGUGUACAAGACCAGGCCUGGGACUAUUUGGUAGAGUUUGGACGAGAUAUAGGACUUGAUGGUUCAACCACUGAACUUACUUGUCGAGAAGGUCUUCAUGCUGUCAUCAUAAGGCACUUGUUAAAUGAUAUUUCUAUUUCAAAAUAUUUGCUGUCGGGUUUUAUCCGUGAAUUCUCAACUCUGUCCGAAUACAAACUGAAUGUACAUGAAAAAGCACUAAUUGCAAAACGCUUACCACUUCAAAUUUUGACUUUAAGCCCUGUUGCCUUUUUGGAUGUUCUUGGUGAAUAUAAGAUAUCCAUUAAAGAAUUUCCUGAUGCUAUACCCAUACUUGCAAAAGCAGCAAGAGACGACCCUGAUUUGGUAUCUAGAUUAUACGAAGGAAAAAUGUUACGACGUGAACUCUUCCAUGAAAACUUUAGACUUAAACCAACUGAUGCUAUGUAUUUAAACGCAUUGCGAUAUGAUAUAAAACCUCUCGGAAGUGGUAAGAGCUUAGCGUUAUUAGUCUCUAAACAGCGCACAAAUCAUGAUAGGUUCCUGAAAUCUUUAAGUGUGUAUUUUAGCGAAUCAGGUGGCUUAGCAGAACAGCACAAAUUACUUUUAGAAGAAGCUUUAGAACAAGAUCUUAAACCGUGGCUUGUUCGUCCAAUAUGCACAUUAAUGACGAAUCAGUCAUUAUUCAGACGUAUUACUGAAUUAUCAACUGAAGUUAAAACUAAAAAUAAAAUAAAAUCAAAAAUAUUGUCUGAAUUUAAAUCUAAUGCACAUAAAACUAAACCAACUUUGGAUAUAGAUGUUAUUGAUUGGCGAAUGGUAGGGGCUAAAGCAAUUGCAAAUAAAGUGUUUAUUUGUAGAAAGAAAGAUCAGGAACGAUACCUAACGAAACUUGUGGAGUGGAGACGAACAGCAAAAGUUUUAUUACAAUUAUCAUCGAAUACCCCAUUCGCUGUUGAUUACUUCGCUCGCGUAUGUACAUUAAGAAGUUCAGCUGCUCUUAAUUUUGGUUUAUCAUCAUAUCUAACAAAGAUUACGAUUGAUGAAUCCAUUUGGACUGCUUUGAAGUCCCUGAUUCAAAAUACAAAGAAUAUAUCUGAUAACCGUGCUUUGUUAAAGAAAUUAGAGUAUCCAAAUUCCAUACCAAAAAAUAUAGAGGGCGAUUACUGGGUAUUCGUGUAUAAUAUUUUUCUUAAGAUUGAUAAGAGUAAGACUACGUCAAUUAUUUAUCGUUUGGAAAAUAUUCUACCGGAAGUAGACCGAAACGUAACUACUAAUAUUUUAAAAGAAUUUAUUGAUGUCGACUUAAGUGUUGGUAAAUUAGUGGAUAAUUAUGAUAACAAUGCAAGAAGAUCUCUGUACUUCCGAGUUAUAGCCAAACAUUUGUUGCUUUGUAAAUCUGAAGACGAACAGAUAUAUGUAAAUGAAAAUGUAUGCGAUAGAUUUUUCGAUGCUCUAGAAGUUUUGUUUAAAACAGAAGAUAAUAAAGUCAUCCUUUCAGAAAGUCUGGACGAAUUCAUACUUUCUUUGAAAUAUACUAAAGCAUUUAUUGAUGAACAUGUCUCGUGUAUGACGGUAUUUGAAAGAGUACUCAGUAGAUUACAUAAGAUUAUACCCAUCGAAGAAAACUUUAGAAGAUACGCGGAGAUUCAUUUAACUAUGCUCUUUUAUAAAAGCAUUAAACAGACGAAUAAAUUGGAAUUAAUUAUGACAGAUUCAAAGAAACGCUAUGAAGUUAUUGAAACUUUGGGUAAAGUGUUUGGUAAAUACAUUGGUUACGAGAUAAAGGAAUUAGUUUCGAGAUACUUCAGAUCUGUACUAGACAUGUACAAAAGUAUAUUAGAAAAUUAUUUGGACAAUUACUUUGUGUAUAACUACGCUAGGAAAUUGUUUGUUACAUUUGUAAUAAAAGGUAUUUUAGAAGCUGGUACAAAUGAGGCGUUACUUUUAGCUGAACAUAUAUUCCAGAGGAAUCAAAAUUACUAUAUUUCUGAACCACAUCACAGUGAAAUAUUGAAUGUUCUGAAACAAUCGAAUAGUGAAGUGAAAUUUUUCCUAUAUAGCAAUGUUUUCAAUGCAUGAAAUAAUUUUUUUUUUAAAAUAUUAAUAUAUAAUUAAUUAUCUAUUAAUAUAGAGGAUUCAAAAGUGUUUACAUACCUUAUAUAAAGUAUGUAUUAAUUUUUAUUUUCUCUAAUAUUACAUUUUUUAAUACUUGUAUGUAGGAUAGGGCGAAUACAAUUAGUUGUUGUUUACGUGUUCCAUUAUUUAUUUUAAGCAGAUUCAUAAAAAUGUUUUACAUAAGUCAUAUAUUUAAUAUUAAUAUUGUAUUUGAGAUUACUCUACAUUAAAACAUUAUUAGUUGUUAUAUUCAUUCAUUUAUCAAUAAAAAGGGAUGCGUAAUAGUAUUAUAGAUCAUUCGAUUGUGAACUAUAGCAGUGUAAGGAUCAACUUUUGACUAAAACCUUUUAAUAUUAA